AUGCUAGGAUUCAUUUAUAAAGAUGGUCUCGUGUCAGCGGGAAACAGAAUAUUUCCGGGUGUUCGAGGCGGAUUUGCAAUCGAAUUGUUGAUCAUCGAAAGAAAGUCUGCUUUCGAGGAGAUGACGGUGCCAGCAACAUACAGCGCGUUUCGACGUGGGCAGGGUGAGAACACGGAGGCCAUUAUUCCAUCUAUUGAACGCACCCCAUCGCUACAGUCAAGUGAGGUUCUGAUUCGCAUUCACGCCGUCUCUUUGAACUAUCGAGACGUUGGAAUGCUCCACGGCCGAUAUCCUGUUUCAGUCAAAGACCAGGGAAUUCCAGCAUCUGACUGUGCCGGGGAGGUGAUUGCUGUCGGAUCGGCAGUCAGCAAAGUAUCAUUGGGAGACCGCGUGUCCCCAAUUUUCGACUUGAGGUACAUUGACGGGGUAGAUCCUGAAAGCAAGGUUGCUCAACUAGGCGGAAAUAUUGAUGGAGUCCUGCGUCAGUAUGCUGUCUUUGAUGAGAGCGUCCUUGUUCAUAUUCCACCACAUCUUUCCUGGGCUGAGGCUUCGUGUAUAACAUGUGCCGGCACUACAGCUUGGAAUGCCUUGGAGAUGAAUGAAUCUCACGAAGGCGAAAGGAGUGCUCUGAUGCUUGGUAUGCUCAAAACCCGACCUUUUGAUGUCAGAAAGUUGUCCGGAACUGGGGGCGUCAGUUUGUUCGCUCUGUUGAUCUGUAUAGGCGCCGGUAUUCGUCCGAUAAUUACAUCUUCUUCUGAUAAGAAGCUGCAGGAUGUCACAGCUUUUGGUCCAACUGGUGCUAUUGAUACCAUCAAUUAUCGUGAAAAUCCUGACUGGGAAGAAUGUGUAGCUCAUCUGACAGCAGAGAAAGGUGUUGACAUUGUGCUCGAAACUGUCGGUGGCAUGAGCAUCAAGAAGAGUGUCAACUCUAUGUCGACCCGCGGGCAGAUCUCCUGGAUCGGGUUCCUGGGGGGGGCUGCAACUAGACGACUUUGUCAAAUCCUUGGGAGAGCUUUUUUUGAAAGUCGGGCAAUUCAAGUUGGGUCGAAGGCUGACCAAGAAAAUCUUUGCCGAUUUCUCGAAGAGAAUCACAUUUCGUUGAAACCGAUCAUUGGGAAGACAUUUGACUUCUUCGAAUCUCCUGCGGCUUUCGACUAUCUCUACUCAGGACAAUGCCUUGGGAAAGUUGUAAUUACAGUGUCUCAUUGA